CCUGAGAACUUCAUGGGCCACCAGUUCAGGGUUUCUGCCAAGAGUUACUUUCCAUAUUUCAGCUUCGAGCGAGCCAGUGAAGACUCAGGCAAUACCGAGAUCUUCAUUCAGGACUCCCUCAACACCCGUAUGAUCCACACCAUGGCCCCACUCCUCAACUUUACGUAUGACAUCAGGGAGCCGCUGGACCGUCAGUGGGGCGUCCCAGGUGAGGGGGACAACUUCACAGGUAUCGUGGGAGAGCUUCAGCAUCAACAGGCAGACUUUUCCCUCGACUUGACUGUCACGCCACAGAGAGCCGCCGUAGUACAGUACUGUCGGGUGUAUAUCGACGAAUCAGUGAUAAUUAUGUCCUCAAAGCCACGACCACUGCCCGAGUAUCUGUCACUGAUAAGGCCAUUUACAGGAGAGCUGUGGCUCAUCCUGCUGGUGAGCAUCUUCGUGUGGGGCGCGACACUGUGGCUACUGCAGAAGGUGUGGUCAUGGGCGUCAGGUGGGCGGAGCUUCACCCUCAGCUCCGCCCUCUUCUACAGCUGGGGCAUCAUACUGGAGGACCCGCCAGCUGAUCCUCCCAACAACAUCACUGCUCAAAUUUUGGUGGGAUGGUGGCUGGUGUUCUGCCUGGUGAUGACGUCGGCCUACAGGUCGUCACUCAUCUCUCACCUGGUGGUGCAGGGGAAGUCCCCGCUCAUCAACAGUGUGAAUGACCUAGUUAGGCGGGAGGGCUGGCGCUGGGGAACACCUCGCAUGACUGGCGCCCUCCUCCUCUACCUUAACUCCAGCCCUGAUCGAGCCAUCCAGAAGAUGUAUCAAGGCAUGCAGGCUGACAGUCUGGUGAAGGGGAUGGAGAUGGUGCUGGAGGGUGGCUAUUCCUUCAUCUUCAGCAAGUAUUACUCGAGGACGAUGGUCGCCACCAGCUACACCGACAAGUUGGGUUACACGCCCAUCCAUAUCAGUGCCACAGAAUACCCACUUUUUGCUGGUAAUGCUUGGGCGUUCAGGAAAGGGGCGCCCUUCCUACGUCGUUUGGAUUUGGCCAUUCAACGGUUGCUGGAGGCUGGCCUAAUCACCUUCUGGAUGGAUGGCGUCAUCUUCACCCGCGUGAGAGACACCAGAAGACAACAACGGGAGGAAGAGGCCGGGAAGAACCAAGACAAUGGCAAUAACGUUAUUUAUCAAGAGGACGACGGACAGGUGGUGCUGGGCCUCCACCACCUGCAGGUCACCUUCUACCUUCUGAUGCUUGGCUACGGACUCGGUCUUCUCGCCUUACUUCUGGAGUAUCUCUUUUACACUCUCUAUUGACCUUACACACCUCAGUCUUGUAAUGAUGUAGGUCUUGUAGAGUCUAGACUCUAGACAGUAAAUCAUUGUAACUGUAGAGGCCAAGGUUAAUACUACACCAACCACCCAGUUGUUAGAAACUUGUAAUACACUUUCUAGAGAACCUUGUGUUAUGGUACUGCCUCAGAUCAGUAAAAAUGGCAAGGAUAUUUUAUCAAUAUUUUGGAAUUUAUCAGACAGGUCACGAACUGAAUAUAUUUCUGGUAUUCCAUUAUUAUAACAACAUUAAUGUACUGUACAAUGUUACUAGUUAGAAUAUCUGUUAAGGUCACCUACAGUAGUUGAAGAAUUUAGGAACCACUCGGGUAAAAGUUUCAGUUAUACAGUAUAUAGAAUAUAUAUAAUUGAAGUCUAACUUUAGUAUUAAUAAGCAGAUAUUCCAUAUUCAAUUACUGCAUGUGUCGUCACCAAUGUAAAU